AUGGAGCAUCCGAACCCUUAUGCCGACUCAGUCAGCGGAAUGCCUUCCACCGCGUCUGCCUCGUAUCUUGAUUCGAACCAUGAACAGCAUCGCGCCGACAGUCAUGUCAACCCAGAGCCCGACCAACGAGAUGUCAAAAAGGUGAAGCAGUUCUCUGCGACGACAACCUUGAACAAACUGCUCCGUAAGACGGUCAGAGACGGCACUUGGAUCUUCGUUGCCGACACCUCGUUCAGACUUUAUAUCGGCAUCAAACAGGCGGGAGCCUUUCAACAUUCAUCGUUUCUUCAGGGCGCCCGAAUAUCUGCGGGAGGCCUCAUCAGUAUCAAGGAUGGCAAACUCAGCUCCCUCUCUCCGCUGAGCGGGCAUUACCGCCCACCAACCUCCAACUUCCGUGCUUUUGUGCGGAGCCUCAAGACUGAGGGCGUCGAUGUGGGACACGUGACGAUAUCAAAGGCGUAUGCUGUCCUCCUAGGCUUGGAGACAUACACCAAGUCACGGCGUAUGGGCAAGGAUCUCAUGCACAAGAUGAUCCAUCGGAAAAACAAAGUAGCACAUCCAAAGGAGACGAAGAAGAAGGAAGAGGACGAGGUAGAUACCAGCAGGAGUGCGCAGAGGGAAAGGGAGGUUAUGGAAAAGGAGAAGCAGCAGGCGAUGGCCCAUAAACACGCGCGUGUGGAAGAGACCGCUGUGAAGGCGAUGGAGAGGCUGCAUCUUGUGCCUUCAGCAGCUGGCGAAGAAUCUCAGAAGAGGACUGUCACAUAUCUUUAGCAUUUGGAAGCAAGGUAUUGCCUGUUAACUGGUUGUUGAUGGGCUUGCAUUUUGGUCUGUACGCAUAAAUACCCCGGGACUGGACUGGCUAGAUAGAGCGAGUUUAUAUUUGUUUAUAUUUCACUUGAACGUUAGAUUAAUUUCGAUGGCUAGAUUUAAAGUUUAGCUUUAUGAUUCAAAUUGCUUCUUUGUUUCUCCCGGGUACCUAAUCGUGAGCCAUAUCAAUCAACAACCAAAGGAUGGCUUCCUCAUUGAGGUAGAAAAAUAAGCACGUAAAACAUUCGUUAAAAUUGACGUCAAUAAUGGUAAAUAACCCUCUAAUUUGCUGAGUUCAGUUCCAAGUUGACUGUUGUGUGUUGCUAAAGAUUUAUCUCCUUACAACCUGUAACAGUCUCUCUUACGAGGUGAUACGGAAUAUCCGAUUGCUGGGCAAUUUCAAGUUAUUGUAGAUGGAGCACUAGUCCUCAGUGGUUGAUUCUUUUUCCAGCGAACAACGCAGCGCAGCGGAUUUCAAAUGCCCUGAAAAGGGGCCGAGCUCUGCUAGCUUUGGUGAGCUGAUGCCCUAUAAAGUCGCUGGCUUAUAGGCGGUACGGGGGCAAGAGCUCCUGGGACCGCUCACUAAAAUCCACCAAACUCCAUGACGCACAGGCGCUAGAACGCCCCCUUCGGCUGCCCAAGAAAAAAAAAAAAGGCGUGGAAGGAAAAGCUGCAGUUGAGCGUCAAACGUCACGUCGCACGAAACAAUCGGCAUCAGUGCAUCGAGCAAAAACAUCGAGGCAACGCGUGUCCCGACAGCGACAGCGACCUCUCCCGCCGCGCUGAAGAAACAUGACAGGCGUGAUCCCGCUUGCCAAUGGCCUCCAUCACCCGCUCCAACCGGCG